CCGACGGAGCCAUGAGAGAGUACAAAGUGGUGGUGCUGGGCUCGGGCGGCGUGGGCAAGUCCGCGCUCACCGUGCAGUUCGUGACGGGCUCCUUCAUCGAGAAGUACGACCCGACCAUCGAGGACUUCUACCGCAAGGAGAUCGAAGUGGACUCGUCGCCGUCGGUGCUGGAGAUCCUGGACACGGCGGGCACCGAGCAGUUCGCGUCCAUGCGGGACCUGUACAUCAAGAACGGCCAGGGCUUCAUCCUAGUCUACAGCCUGGUGAACCAGCAGAGCUUCCAGGACAUCAAGCCCAUGCGGGACCAGAUCAUCCGCGUGAAGCGGUACGAGCGCGUGCCCAUGAUCCUGGUGGGCAACAAGGUGGACCUGGAGGGGGAACGCGAGGUCUCUUACGGUGAGGGCAAGGCCCUGGCCGAGGAGUGGAGCUGCCCGUUCAUGGAGACAUCGGCCAAAAACAAAGCCUCUGUGGAUGAGCUCUUCGCCGAGAUCGUGCGGCAGAUGAACUACGCGGCUCAGCCCAACGGCGACGAGGGCUGCUGCUCGGCCUGCGUGAUCCUCUGAGGCGCCCGCGGCCGCCAGGCGCCGGCCUUGCUCUGCGCACAAAAGCCAAACGCAUCCGACUCUCUAAAUGUGAUUUCCUUUCUUGCUUUGAGAUUGGAGACGACUUUGCAUUGGCCGGGGUGUCCCGGGAGCCCGGCUGGCUUCCGGGGCCCGCAUCCCUUGCCUUCGCCCCGUGUCCGAGGGGUGCCCCGUCCUGACCAUCCGAGACCCUGGUGGAAAUGUGGCUCUUUGCAGCAUGUACGUUUCUCAUUGAUUUCGGUUGACGCAUAUUCCCCCGUUUAAGUGGCCGUUAGGGUGCUGUAUUGGCAGCUCGACACCCGGCAAGCAAAAGUUUCAGCCUGGAAAUAAAUGGGGGUGGGGAGGUGGAGGAAGUGGAGGGGGAGAAGGUGGAAGGGGGGGGUCUUCUCUCUCUCUUUCUCUCCCUCUGUCCCUCUCUCUCUUUUGUUAAUGACUCUUUUCUAGUUCCGAGUUUUAAAUACAUGGAAGUCCAGUCCAGUCCGGGAAACCCAUAUGAAGGAGCAGAAGGAGAGGAAGAAACUCUUGUUUUUUCCUUGUUUUCCAGGAGUAGCUGGAAAUUUAGAUCGGGUUCCUUUCCUGCCAGCUUGGAAGGGCAACCCCUCGUGACUGGUUGUGAUUCUGAGGAUGUCUAUGCAAAGUUGGAUUCUUGUUACAUUGUAUCCAAUCUGAAGUAUUGCACAUCUGAACUGGGACUGUUAACACUGAUGCCAAUACAGUGUGGGGUGCCAGAAAGUGUCUGCUGAUAUUUGUGGAAAAAAAAAAUCUAUUUUGUUUACCUACUGUAUCAAAGGGGAGCCUUGGGAGAAUGGUAGUAUUUUUUUUUAUCAGCUGUGAAAAAAAAAUGUUACAGAUCCUGCACAUUUUUGUGUGUACUAUGGUGUGUGUGUGUGUGUUUUAAGUUUAGCUUUUUUUU